UUUUAAAAGAACAAUAAUAAAUAAAGAGCAAAUAAUUUAAAUAAACAACAUUUUUAAGCAGUUUAAAAACAAUGAAAUAAAAAGGACUCUGCAAAGUUUUAAAUAAACUUUAAAAAUAUAAGCGUGUUUUUAUUAGUUGAACGAAGUUUAAAUUUUUUGCAAUUGUGUUUGUGUGCGAAUUCUAAGAAAAUAAAUUAUUUGCCAUAUAAAAAAACCCAUAAGAAAAUAUAAACAAAAAUAAAACCCAAACAUAAAAUCCAACUCAUUUUUUAAAAAGAAGAACAUUUCUUACUUCUAUUUGGCAUCAUGUUACCCCAAAAUUCCUCAUGCAUCAACUGGCAUUUUUUGUUAGUGGGAUUAUUUUUCAUCAUCAUGCAAUGUGAUGCACGUGCGGUUAAUGUUAGUAACACCUGGACAAUGCCACAGGAGGGUCUAAAUGUAUUUUAUCGUUUCUUUCGUGAUCGAAUAUCAUGGUUUGAAGCUGAUGCUGUUUGUCAAUUCCAUCAUGCCAAUCUGGUGACAGUUGACAACAGUUUUCAAUUUGAUGCAACCAGAGACCUUUUAAGAGAAUUAGAUGUUAACGACAUUGUUUGGAUUGGUCUUAUGAGACCUCAAAGCUCUGAUCGUUUUAUGUGGUCUAGCAAUUCAAGACCUUUAGUAGCAGACACUGGCUAUUGGGCUGAAUCUUUGCCCUUAAUGGAUGCCCCAUUGUGUGCUGUAAUUGAUCCCAUACGUGAUUAUCGUUGGCAUGCUUUACGUUGUGGCGGUCCAGAGACAGCAUCCUUUUUAUGUGAAAUGCCAGUACCCACCUGGGCAGAUGCUUGUAAUUUAAAGGACAUGCCAAAUUUAACCUUGCAAUAUAUGGCUGAUACAGCCAGUAUUGAAUUAAUACGAAAUUGCCAAGAGGAAGGUUUAUUAAGGACUAUGUGUAGAGGCAAACAGGAUCGUGAAAGAGCUUUACAAGAUUUGAUUUGCCCUAGAGAACGUUUGGAAGCUCAACGCAUCAAUGAUAUUACCAAUUCCCAUUUCAAGUCCUUGCAAAUUAUCAAUUCUAUACCUUCGGAUAAUAAUGAAAAUAAUGAUAUAGAACUUUUACCCCUGGAAGUGAACUAUGGUCCCCAUUAUCCUGAAGAACUGCAAACCGAAAAGAAUACCGUACAGCGUCUUAUAGAACAAUUCAAUGUGGAUGAGUUAAUGCAGGCUGAUGAACCCUCUAAUAUGGAAACUGUUAGCUCAUUCUAUAAAAUCCCCGGUCUCAUACCCAAACCAGUUAAGAAGUCAGCCAAAAAAGUUUUGGAUUAUCCAAAAAAGGAUAACGGCAAACAAAAGGGUGGCGAUAUGACUGGCGAACAAGCACAGAAGGAUAGGAAGAGAUUGGAAAUGGAGGAUAUGAUGAUGGGUGAUCAGCCUUUGCAAGGAGAACCAGAAAUGCCCGAACAAUUUUUAAAUGAAGAAGUUUCAAAUGAAAUAUUGGAACCUUUGCCUCACAUAAAGAAAACCAAUAUACACAAAGAAGAUGGUUUGGAGAAAAUGGAAAAGGAAGCCAUAGCCAUGAAGAAAAGUAUGCAAAAAUCAAAGGAAAUGGAAAAUAAGAAAAUGUUAAUGAUGAGCUCAAGCACAACUACAACAACAACAACGGAACCAGCUAGCACAACAACUACAACCACAACGACCACUAGUGCACCAACUGCAACAACAGAAAAACUUUUGACAACCACUGCUGAUGUUCAAUCAACAACUAAAGCCGAUGAGUUGACAACUGCUAACGAAGACCACACUCAUAAACAUCAUCAUUAUGAAACUCAUACAGAAUUUGAGAGUACCGGUGGACAUUUGACAACAACCUCGACUUCCGCUACUAUUGGACAUCCAAUGCAUCCCCAACAGCCACGCAGCAAUGUAAUAACAGAAGAAACUCAACAUCCACAUGCCAAAGAAUCUGCAGACAAUUCACAUUUCAUACCACCCAUGCUUAUGGUAAAAUCUCAUUAUGUGCCACCUGCAAACAAACAUGGUCACAAUGAACGUGAACAUCACCAACACCAUCACCAACAAGAAGAACUGCAUCAUGAGGAUGAUCAAACUCACUUAGAGACCACAACUGGAGAACAAGCUGAGACAACAAUAACCAAGCAGCAACAAAAUCAAACCUCAGAUAAUGUUAUGACAGUGACAACUCCUAAAGUGUUGGAUUUAGAGAAAACUACAUUAAAGACUUUGGACACCUCAGCCAGCAGUAGUACAGAAAGCGAAAAACCAAUUGCCACAACCAGACAGGAAGAACAAAAAACUGCAGCAAUAACAACAACUACUGAAAGUGACAGUAGUAUAAAACCAAUUACAGAACAGCAAACAACGGAAACGGAACAACGUAAAAAUUCCAAAAAUUUGCAUUUCGAGGAAAUACAAACCACAAUGACCGCAACAACUAUACAGACAGUUGCCUCUACAACUACAGCAUCAGCAGUUUCUACAAACACCCAGGAUAACGAAGAAACAACUUUACCAAACAGUAGCUUUGAAGAAAUUAAUAAAAAUAAAGCUGGCCAUGAAAAAGUUGAGGAGGAGGCACCCCAAACAAUACACACAGUUAGUAAAGAAACAACACAAAAUACAAACCUGGUUACAACAACAGAAAAACCCCUAAUAACCACAGAAAAACUUUCGGAUUUACAGACAGCAGUAGACAAUAUACAAAAAACACAAGAAAUUGCUGAUACAACAACAGCUGAAGCACCAACAGAGAAAACAAAGCAACAACAACAUGUGAUAACAAUGGAAGAAAAACUGUUGGCAAUAAAAAAUGAAGAAUAUAAAGAACAUUUACAAACAGUUGCAACCACACAGAAACUAACAACAACAGAAAGAGCUCAAGUAAUAACAACAUCAACAAUGUCAGCACAAAUGCAACAACAAAAUCCAACUACAAUAACAACAGAAACACAAAGUUUACCGCAAAUGGAAAAAAAUCUAGAAGAUGAAAAACAAGGAGAGCAAGAGGAGGGCGACAGCAAACAAACGGACCAAGAUAAAAAGGAAACAAUUGUAAAAACAACGGAAAUACUAGUAACAUCAUCGGCAACAGCCAAAGAAGAAGAUACACAGAAAACAACAACAACACCAGCAACACUAACAACAUCAAGCUCAAGUAUAACCACAACUACAACUGUUAAACCGAUUACUACAACUACACCACAAAAUGAAGUAAAAUCAACUGAAACUUCCUUUUCCUCUACGAGCAUCAUCAUCACCACUACAACUAAUAUGCCAACAACAACUAAUAAUGGAGAGACCAGUACCACCACCAUUACACCACCCACCACAACAACAUUUUCCACAGCGAUGCCAUCAUCAUCAUCAUCAUCGCCAGCAAUAACAACUACAACAAUAGAUAACGAAGCUGAAUUAGCAACAGCCCGAGCAGAAACAUCAACAGAAACAUCAUCACCACCUGAAACUACUCGCAACUUUUUAAAAGUUACCACUGAAAUGCCAUUUAAACCAAAUCGUCGACGCUCUCUUACCAAACCGGAAACAGUGAGUUAUAUGAAAAAAAUUUUAGGUUAAGUAAUAAAAAUAACAACAAAAACAAAAAACCCACAUUCAUACAUACAUACAGCAACAACAAAUGUUUAUAUAGAAAAGAGAGAAAAAUAACAUUAAACAACAAAAACCAAUUGCAAUUUAAUACAAAAGAAAUAUAAUAAAAUGAAAGAAGAAAAUAAUUGAGAAAAUAAAUACUAUUGAAAGAGCAAAAUACGAAUGUUGUGUUUAUUUUAGCCAGAGAUUUAGGAAAAAAGAAGAGUGCACAAUAUUAUUUAGAGAUAACAACAAAAAAUUAUUAAGAUUUACUGUUAGUACAUUAAAAAAUGUUUGUUUAAGAAAGGAGGCAUUUGAAAUUAUAAAAAUAUUAGAUCCUUAAUAUUUCAGAGAAGAAGAUUUGCUUACAUCUCAAGUUAACUUAUUUACAUUAUGUCAUAUUGUAAAGUUUCAAAAAAUAUUUUCAUAAUAAACAUGAAUAAACAUGAGCUGACUCAACAGCGCAAUUUAAAAAGCCCAACUGAAACACGAUUUUCUCCGUAUAGAGCUUUUUGAACUAGAGAAUAUUCGAUUUAACUUUGAACUUUUAAAGCGGCAUAAGAUUUUGAAUAAAUAUUUACAACUUUUUUAAUAACGAUUUCUUUAACAAAGCUUUAUGGAGCAAUUAAAACCUUAAAAAUGUUCUUCAAUACAGUUCUAUUUAUUAAUUUUAUGACAAAGCUAUAACAAUACAUGACGAGUAAAUUUUGUGUCUUUUUUUAAUGAAGAUCUAAAGAGACAAAGGAGCUUUAAAAAACUUUUUAAAGUUUUUUAUUUAAAGCUUCAACAAACAGCUUUUCUAUUCAACAAUUAACAAAUUUUGGCUUUUGUGCCAGCAGUGUAACAGAAAAACUACUUCAAGGCUUCCAUUAGUUUGAAAUUCGAAAGAAUUUUUAAUUUAUCCGCUCGUAUUAUUUAACAAAUUUUUUUAAAUAAAUUCAUUGAAUUUUACUUAUUUAUUUAUAACGUAAAGUUAUAUAACAUCUGCAAUUAAUCACUGUUCAAUUAAUGUCCAACAUUAAUUUUAUUAUAUUUGCAAAAACAUUUGAAAGGAUUAAAAAAAAACAAACUAGUAGAGUUUUAACAAAAAAAUGUAAGACGUAAAAAAUAUGUAGCAUGUAAAAAGUAAAAGAAAAUAAUUAAAAUAAAACAUAAAAAACACAAUUUGUAACAUGAAUAAUUGAAGAAAAAUAAUUAAAAUAUAAACCCACAAAACACACUCAUAUACAGUAAUAAAAAAAAACAUUGGUAAGUCAAUUUAUAUAAUAAACAUCAACAAACACACACUCAAUCACAACAAAACGGAAGUUAAAAAAACAGUGUUGUUUUUUCUCCCUUAAAGCACAAAACAAACAACGGAAGUUAAAAAAGAAACAAAAAUGCCAAAUAUAAAUUUAACAACAAAAAGUAAAAAAUAUUAAUAAGUUAAA